AUUGGACAGAGAUCAAAACUCAAAAGCAAUUUUCAUGAAAUAGUUGUUUUCUUAUAAAUGGUUAACAAAUACCGUUAGAGCGAACAGUUAUUCUGAAAUGAUAAGAGUAAAAUGUAUUAGACUGAACUGCAAAUCAGUGGUAUUUCUUAUUUUAUCACUGAUAGCAUCGCAUAUUAGGAUUAUUCACACAUCUGUAAAUUCUAACAAUCCUGAAGUGAUCCCUACUAAGUUGGAGAAAAUCAGCUCUGAUAAUGAUCGAAGUGCACUGACCAUCAAUUCCGGCACGAAAGUACCAUCCGAUACCAGCCACUGUCCAAAUGGAACUUUAUGCAGCGAACUGCCCAACUCGUGUCUUCAGUGCAACUAUAAUCCCCAGUGCAUUUACGGAGCAGAAAUCAAUGUGACCUGCAUACCGAAAAGUUCCGUUUCCUGCCAUAGUAAUGCAACCGGGCACGAGAUCAAGCGUAGAACCAUCUGCCGAUACUGCUACCAAAGCGAGCGGUGGGAGCAGAUUUGUGAACAGAAGGGAGGCUGCAACUCAAUCGACUCACAGUUCAAAACGAACUGCACCGUGAAUAGUGAAAUACUCUGCAUGGGACACCGAACGUUUAUGAAGAAAGUUCCCUGCAACUGGACGCAGGGCUACCGGUGGUCAACGACGUUGAUUCUCAGCAUAACAUUGGGAGGCUUCGGGGUAGACCGUUUUUUCUUGGGUCACUGGCAGGAAGGAAUCGGAAAACUGUUCAGCUUUGGCGGUCUAGGCGUGUGGACGUUGAUCGAUGUGCUGUUGAUUUCGUUGCAUUAUUUGGGACCAGCGGAUGGUUCGCUAUAUAUUUAAAUACUCGAUCUUCAAAUGCACAAUUUAGUAUACUAAAUUCGC